AACACAACACAUCUCCAUGAUCCACAACUGUUCUGCAUCGACGACAUCGAUGCGCAAGCUGCCAUGCAAAGUAGCGUAUCAGCGCUAGACUCUCUACCAAGGAGUGAGCGCCAUCGCGCCUUGGCAAGACUAGACCUCUCACGCAAAGACCUCGGCGACCUUUUCCUCCUCGGCCUGCCCAAAUCCGACAUCGCCUUCCUCAUCAGAUCUCGCCAACACCUAUCUUGGGCCCUUGACGCUCUCCUGAGCAGCGAUGUUGAUAUAGACCUACAGAUUGAGGUCGUAUCCGCGCAGGUCGUCGCAAGUCAUUGGAAGAAAGGCAGCAAUCAAGAUGCCAUAGCCGAUCGUCUGGUUGGCCUUGGCGGCGAUUCGUACGCGUCCAACUUCUCUACUAUGCUCGACCGGAUGAGCUACUCCGCUCGCAAAGCCUUUGCCCAAGCUGCUCGCAGAGGCAAAUGGCACUCGCCGCUGAAGGAGCGAGAGACCCACGUCAUAGAGUCUUACCUCUCUGACGCCGCCGGCGAACCAGCCACUUUCGCAAGCAGAGCCACGCUGGUCUGCCUCGUAUCUGGCAAAGGGCUUCGGCACUUAUUGCAAAACGCUUUGUUGCCGACCUGCGUGAAGUUAAUCUCACCUCGAUCAUGGGCAAAGCUGGUGCAAGAUCACUAUGACGUCGUAGCAGAAUGGGCUUUGCAGCUCGACUCCAAGACGGCCAUGUCGACGCUCGACGUUGCGAAUCAACGCGUCCUCCCACUGCUCUGCAAGCAUGCCAGCUCAGGGUCGUCGACCUUGGGCCAUCAAGUCUGCGAGACUCUCAUAGACAGGGAGGAGAGCGGCAGAGGAUCUCGUGUACUCGACUUGCAAUUGCCGCACGUCUUCUCUGCGAUGGCCACCAUUGGCUGGCGACCUCGACAACUCCAUCGUCGCCGCUUACGAGGGGGACAAGCAACUGCGGCUCGAGCGUCUGCGCUUCAUCUUCUGGCUCGCUUCAUCGCAGUGUUUGACAGAGAGACGCCAUCGACCUACGGUGGUGUGCCAAGCCGCGCGACAGCCGAGACAAUCAGUCCUUGCGAAGCGACAGAUGCCAUUGAGUUCAUGAGAGGCCUACGAACAGAGGGGGAAGAGGCAAUUACCCGCAAGCUACUGCAAGCCCUCGUCGAGCCCAGUUGGUGGGAUCGAGCCAGGCUGAUCUCCAUUCCUGCGACAGUCUUGAGGCGCUUUUCGACGUCGACGCGCCACACUCUUCUCGCGCGCUUCAUGUCAAAUCUGCAGCACGAGGUCGUUUCACCGUAUGCCACCCUAUCAGUGGACGCACAAGCGCUUCUUCUACUCGACAGGGAGCACGCACUGAAUCUCUUGACGGAACUUCGUAGCGCUUCAGUUCGCAUGCGCAUCUUCUCGUCCCGAAUUCAAGACUCUAGCAACCGCAUUCAAUGUGCUGUGCACCACUCCUGCUCCACUUCCUGGUUCUGGGACAUUUCUGGGGAACCACACGGCAAGAUAAUCAAGCUCGACUUCCUUUACGCGGCGCUUGGUAUUCCGGAGGCAAUACCGCGCGCUCUCGAGUACAUUCGCAAGCUUCAGCCUUCAACCGGAAACGAACGCGGUGAUAUCGCUUUGGCCUCGUGGUAUUUCUCCAUGGUGCAACAGGACGCGGAUGAGGAGCAGAUGGUGGGCGCGCUGCAAAGGCUACUCCAGGCGUGUCGUCUGGAUGCCAAGGCCAGAGAGACCAUCUGGAUGAACAUGUCCUUGAUCGACGACGCACUUGCCAAUCACUUGAUCGCAAUACCCGACGGCGUUGGCGAUCGCUGCUGUGACUUGCUCACAGAGUAUCUCGAAUUUCGCUCCUCGACAUUGGACUUCAGCACCACGGAGGUAGAGCUGGUAUUGAGCCCUGUUGUGUGUGUUCUUCUGCAGCGUCUGAGGCGAGUGUCGGGAAAAGGACGGGAGGUGAGCAUCCACGCUCCUCUGAGGGUAAUUGCAUGGGCGCGGAGCGUCGUGCCCGAAUGGAAGCCGGACCAAACGGAAGCUCUCGUCAUCCUUCCUGAGCAGAUGGACAAUCUUCACCGGCUCGGACCCUACCUCGACGAGGUCGCGAAUGCGUGGACUGGUCCCGGAUUGACACGGCUCUUGAGCCUCUACGGUCGCAAGUGUUACAUCGAUCUUUCGCAGCAUGCUCCUCGGUAUACGCAAGCGAUUGAAAGUAUCAUCCGCGACAAGGACGAUGAUUACGUGCAGGAUGCUCUCUUGAUCACUCUGCGAUAUCAGGGGUCUGUAGCGGCCCAAGCCGCCCGUUUCGCAGAUCUUUGGGAGAUUGAAGCGCUUCAGACACACCUCAUCAAUAUAUGCAAGCGAGAUGAUGCUCUGAGGCGAUUAGGACAAGCGCAUCUUCGAACUGUCGCACUGCCUUCCAACGAGGAGAGCUUUCAUGCCUGGAUUGAAGCAAGAAUGGUCAAGGCAGCCAGCGCAGCAGAGCACCGGAGCGCUCUCGCUGCCCUGCUGCCGCGCGAGGCGUCUCACCUCUUCCGUACCACGCAGGGAGAUGCACUGCCAAGCGCCAUGGGUCAAGUGACGUCGCACUCGCACCCCUUGCGUUAUCGCUGGCACAAGUUCCUGCAGAAGCUCUUCCACUGGGGCUCCGUCACGCCACAAGAAGUCUUGCCGCUCCACGACGGCGUGUCCUCCUCUUCCUCGCCCGGCAAUUGUGCACCCCUCCUGCUCCUGGCGAUUGCCAGGUCGCCCGAACCGGCGCUGGCCUGGAAGGUAGGCUUCCCCGAUCUAGCUUCACCAAAGGAUCAGAAUCAUGGCAAUCUCCGCACAGCUUUGCUCCACGUCUCUCCCUUUCGCCGCGCCACUGCGGCUCGAACUCGCGCUUGGCUGAAGGACAUGUGCGGACUCUUGCGAGCCGCGUCGCCGCCGAGGGUCUCCAUUGCCAGAGCGUGCCAGGAUGUCGUGGCGCACAGCGGCGUCUACACAUCGGACGACAUCCUCGCCGUGUCCUCCUUUGCGAUCGAGCGGUCGGGACAUAUCGACGUAGCGGCGCAGGCGCUCCAUUCUGUCGUGGAGGUAGCAGCGCAAGGGUCACGGGCUGCGCUCUCCUUGCUGCAUCAAUUCGUCUACCAGCGUCCACCCCCCGUGGCCCCGCAUCCAAGCGUUGGAGCCUCUCUGGCGCAGGAGCGAAGUCAGGAAUAUCAAAUCCGCCUGCGGCGAAUCAUCAUCCAGGCGUGCAUCCGCCUCUCAGCAAGCAUGACAGGCAGCUCCUCGACAAGGGCUCUGCGGGACAUUGUGGUGCCAACGUUGCAAAGCAUGACCGAUCAAGAGGUGGUCCAGACCUUGCCGCCCGCAAUCACUGUCCCAUUCCUUGUUCUUGCUGCCUGCAGUGCGGCGGAUGACGCAGCGGAGGAGCUCUUCAGUCGAAUGCUCCAAGCGGCGCGCGUCGCAGAUGAGGAUGCCGCUGCCAAUGCAGCUCGCAAUCCGGGCACUUGGGUAGGCUACGACGUCACAUCAAUGCUGACAGAAAGAAUCGGUCAAACGGCCGAGCAUCUUUCUCGCGGAGCUUCCCAACCAGCCGAUCGGCUCUUUGACUUCCUCGUGUCUCUGAUCAAUCAUCCCUCGCGGCCAUCCACAAAAGAGACGGCCUUCAAGACAUUGACGCGCUGCGCGAACGCACGGGCAUGGGUGGACAACCUCGUACACGCACUCAGCGAGGAAGCAGAGCGAGCAGACCCUAUCUCGCAUCUUGACACGCUUCUCCUGGCCACAAGGCUACAAUGGCUUUCCGAGGAGCCUCGCGCGUCCGCCUUCCUCCUCUCGCUGGACAGGCUAGUGCGCGUCAUGAGGCACACAGAAGCAGUAGCGACCGUGCUGCUCCUUCAUUCUCCGUAUCACCUCGAAGACAAAGACGAACACAAAGUGGACAUCAUCGCCUUGGUCGAGGGCGUCUUGGACGAAGUGAGCUCAAACGUCGCGGCAAUACAGUCGCUCGCUACGCAGCAAGCCAUCUGCUGGCUCGUAGAGGCGCAUCGCCGCUUGCCGGGACGCGUACGGCGCUUCAUCGAAGAGCGGGCGGCAGAUCAUGAGACGCAGACGGUCUGUCGGAUGAUGUGGGCUUGUGCGCUCUUGCGUCUUGAUGCAGAGAGGCGUUGAAUAAGACGCUGCCUUUCCCCUGCUCUUGCCAGUGUGUGGUGUCUCAUCUGGGAUUGGAAAGCUUGAUUGUGGCAGUGUUGGUGUAGUAGCUGUGCGGCUUGUCUGCCUUUCCCCUGCUCUUGCCUUUGUGUGGUGUCUCAUAGAAGUAUGUUCCUGCGGGUUAUGACCUCCGAUCGUCUCGGGGCCUUAAGUAAUGUUAUAGAGCACCCCUUGAAGGCCCUAUAACCCGCCUUUAACCCGCUUCAACUUCGACCCCCAUGUUACCACAGGCAUGUUUCCAAAAAUAGACCACCCGCCACGGAUGAAGAUGAAAGGCUC